GCAUGUGUACGGGUCGACGCAUGACGUACCUGGCCACUCAUUUGCCACUCACUGUGCAACAUCUAAACAAAGGCCUGCCCCUUUUUUCAGGAGGAUUUCUCUCCUGCCAUCGUUACUUUACGUGUAAUCACGAUUACUAAAUCGGAUUACGAUACUUUUAUCAUAUUUUAACACGUCGGUAGUAGUAGAGGAAGCGUCCGAAAUGGAUGUGGAUCAUCAUGAAACCCGAGAGACCAAAUCAGCCAUUAAUACUUGGCGUUAUCGCCACCAUUUCACGUACAAGGCAGAUCAAGGAAAAAAUAUCAUCGUCCAAUGUAAUCUGUGCCUGCCGAGGGUUAAUCUGCUUUCCACGUCGAAAACCUCCACAUCCAACCUGAAGAAGCAUUUAGACAGAACACACUUGGGCUGUGAAGCCAGGCCUGACGCCAAGAGAGGAAGAAAGAAAGAGGAGUACAACGGGGAGGAGAGCAGACACUGCCAGCUGAAAAAGCUCAAAGCGGAGAUCAUCUCCAAAUUCUUGACCCAGUCAAAGAUUGACGAUCUCAUCUUCACCUUCAUCGUGGAGGACUGCCAGUCGUUUUACGUGCUGGAGCAGCCCGGUUUCAAGAAGCUGAUCGCGGGUCUGACUGAGGGCCUACGGACCAUGGACAGGGUGACCCUGUUCACCAAGGUGGACCAGAGCUUUUCCCGGAUGCGGGAGGAGCUGAUGGCCAAGCUCACCGGCGUGGAGUAUGUGUGCACCACGGCGGACAUCUGGACGGCCAACAACAGGAGCUUCUUCGGGAUGACCUGCCACUGGAUCGACGCCGAGACUCUGGAGAGGAAGUCGGCGGCGCUGGGCUUCGCCCGGCUGCAGGGCCGCAUCACGUACGCCACCGUGGCCGGGCGGAUCCACGACAUCCACGCGGCCUACAACAUAGAGAGCAAGGUUCAGACCACGGUCACGGACAACGGCAGCCCCUUCAUCAGCGUCUUCCGGGAGUUCUCGGCGGAGGGCCCGGAGAGCGAGGACGACAUCGGGUUCUACGAGAACGUGGGCGGCGUCCUGGAGGGCGAGCCGGAGCAGGACAUGCUGCUGUUCCUGCCCUCCGUGCAGCGCUGCGCCUCGCACACCCUGGAGCAGAUCGUCAGCGAGGACUUCUGGCAGGCCGUGUCGCAGGGGCCCAUGUGCCAGCUGCACUUCAGCGCCAUGACCAAGGUCUCCUCCAUCUGGAGCAAGUGCCACCACCUCCAGGUGGGCAUGGACGCCGCCGAGGAGAUCGGCAAGAUGGCGCUGGUGGUGCCGGCGGUCAUCCGCUGGAACGUGGAGUACUGCGCGGUGCAGAAGGUGGUGUCCCUGAGCGAGCGCGAGCUGACGGAGCUGUGCGCGCGGCUGGAGGUGCCCCGCCUGCAGCCCGAGGAGACGGCCUUCCUGAAGGAGUACGUCAGCGUCUUCCACCCGCUGGCCUUCGCGCUGGAGCUGUUCCAGGCCGAGCAGAAAUGCUACCUGGGCCUGGUCAUCCCCACCGUGCUCAGCCUGAAGAACAAGCUGAACGAGCAGAAGGCCGCCGCCGACUACUUGGGCGACGUCAUCGGCAGCCUGGUGAUGACCAUCGACGCACGCUUCCAGGAGCUCUUCUCCAGCACCGAGGCCAAGAUCGCCACGGCGACCACCCCCCAGUUCCGCCUGUGGUGGAUGGCGGCCUCCGAGAGGGAGGAGAUGUGCUCCCUGCUGGCCGCCGAGGCCGCCCAGAUGGACCCGGGCAGCGUGGCCGAGGCCAACACCAGCCGAGGCCUGUCCACCAUCGAGUCGGAGGACGACUUCUUCAGCUACGGGUCGGCGAAGGCCAACGCCCACAACCAGCCACGCGGGGUGAUGGACGAGAUCCGCAAGUACGUGGAGGGCACGGGGAAGAGCCUGGAGUGCCUGCAGGACUUCCCGCGAGUGAAGCACCUCUUCCUGAAAUACAACACCCCGCUGCCCUCCACGGCCCCCGUCCAGCGCCUCUUCAGCCAGAAGGGCAACCUGGUCACCUCGCAGAGGAACUUUCUGACCGACAACUACUUCGAGCGCGUCCAGCUUUUGAGGUAUAACAGCAACGUGUGCUCCUUGGUGACGGAGUGAGGGCGCCGGCGUGGACUUUCUCAGCCUUUUUUCGACAGAUGCAGAAUGAAACCGUAAUGUGCUCCAAUCAAAGGAAACGUUUCAUGUAAGGCACUUUAGCCCCAGUGUGUUUUUCUACUAUCCCUCCUGUUCUUGUGUGGAUGGGAAAACGAUGCGUCCGUCACUCCAGAACAGCCCAGUGAAGAUAUCUGAUUGACAAUCAUGGACACGGCCUGCCUCAAGCAUCUUUCUGUCUGUGCAGUUGCUGUGAUAUGAAGUAGCCACAAGUUUAAACUGAUGUGAUUUUAUUUCGUGUCUUUGUUUGGCUCGUUUUUUUUUCUACAGCUGUGAGAAUGCAUCUCCUGUCUAUGUGUUUUUUAUCACACAUAUAUAUAUAUAUACAAGAAUAUAUAUAUAUAUAUGUAUAGGUAUAUAAAAGAAAAGAGGAAGACUCAGUUGUUGUUUGUGUCUCUGCUUUUUUCCCCUGAUGUAAUGCACGCUUAACCAUAACCCAUUAGUGUCGGGAUCUACUGCAUCAGCAGAUUCUCAUUGCUGUUCCAUGGACGAUUGGUGCUGGUGUGAAAAAGAGCGUUCCUUGCUCGGGGCCCAGAUGUGAGCGGUGAGCUGUCACCUUGUCAGACGGCUGCUUAGGGACCAACGGGAGGCUGUGAGAGGGCGCACAGGCUCUGUUUGGACCAACCUGUCAUAAACAUGGCACCCCAGGGACUAUACUCAUCUUCGUUUUUAAAAUGACUUCACGUGUGAAUUUUUAUGGGGAGCAAUGACAUCCUGCAAGUUUGCCUUCAGCGUUCAUCACUCAGAUGUACUCUCCUCACAUGGAGCCAGGGGAAUUUUAGAUCCAUCAGCCAAUUGGAAAUGAAGCAGCGACUAUCUUGAUUUUUUUUUUCUAUCUUGCACUUAAUUUAUGGCAGAUGGAUGUGCGUUUCUGGACGGAAUAUGCCGCUGGACUAAGUUAAAGAAUGACAAUCUACUGGGAGAUGCUUUUGAUUCUGUUCAUCUUGCCAUCUGCUGGACACACGUGUGCACUGCAUACGCACCAGAUCUGACUAAACUGGCUCAAAUGCCCCAUAAAAAAAUAAAAUAAAAAACAACUUUAAACUUAGAUCCAAAUUUGAAGUUUUAA